GUUCUGACUAAAUCCGAGAUUGUGCUUAACGGAACAAUUCAUACAAAAUCAUGGCCGAGGAAUCAUCAAGUAGCCUUGGAGUGGCCACAAGCCCAGCCAGAGAGUCCCAAGAUGAUGCUGGUUCUCGUUAUGACCGUACUGACGCCUUGACUUCCAGCCCUGCUCGAAAUCUGGCACCAUUUGAGGAUGAGUCAGAUGCUAUUUUGGGCAACGAGGGAAGUGCUGCAGAGGAGGAAGCUGAUGAUGGAAUUGAUUUGAUGGGCGACAACAUGGAGGAUGACUAUCGAGCAAUCCCUCGUUUGGAUGUGUAUGACCCAACAGCAUUGGAUGAAGAAGAAUAUGAUGAUAUGGAUAUUGGAGCCAGACGUGAGGCAGAGAAAGUCAUGGGGAAAAGAGAUAGAGAGGAGGCUGCUACGUCAGGAAGACUAAGGAGAGGUCUACUUUAUGAUGAAACUGAUGAUGAGGAUGACUUACCACACCCAUCACGUCGGCGACGUCUGGCUGAGCAAGCUGCUCAUGGUGAUAUGGAUAUGGCUGAGGAUAUGGUGGAAAGUAUUGAGAACUUGGAGGAUAUGAAAGGACAUUCAGUACGAGAGUGGGUCUGUUUGCAGGCACCAAGACUUGAAAUAAAGAACAGAUUUAAACAGUUUCUCAAGACAUUUGUUGACCACCAAGGAAAAAGUGUUUACAGAGACAAGAUAAAAUUGAUGUGUGAAGGAAACCUUCAAAGUUUAGUAAUUGAUUACAACGUCUUGGCUUGUGAACAACAAUUGCAAGUUUUGGCAUAUUUCUUACCAGAAGCUCCAGCGGAAAUGCUAAAGAUUUUUGAUGAGGCGGCAAAAGAAGUUGUGUUAUCUAUGUAUGAAAAAUAUGAUCAAAUUGCAAGUGAGAUUCAUGUCAGGAUUGCUGAACUACCAUUGAUGGAGGAAAUUCGCUCGCUCAGACAACUGCACUUGAAUCAGCUAAUCCGAACAGGUGGUGUUGUAUCAAGCAGUACAGGAGUCUUGCCACAACUGAGCAUGGUCAAAUAUGAUUGUAACAAAUGUUCCUAUAUACUUGGACCAUUUUUUCAAUCACAAAAUCAGGAAGUCAGACCUGGUACAUGCCCCGAGUGUCAAUCACGUGGCCCUUUUGAAGUGAAUAUGGAACAGACUGUGUAUCAAAAUUACCAGAGAAUCAAAAUUCAGGAAAGUCCAAGCAAGGUUGCUGCAGGCAGGCUGCCUCGUUCAAAAGAUGUCAUUCUAUUGGGAGAUCUUGUAGACUCCUGCAAGGCUGGAGAUGAAAUUGAUCUGACAGGUAUCUAUCACAACAAUUAUGAUGGCUCUCUGAACAUUGCUCAUGGCUUCCCAGUAUUUGCUACUGUCAUUGAAGCUAACCAUAUCACAAAGCAGGAAGAUAAGUUAGCCAUCACAAGCCUCACAGAUGAAGACAUUAAAGAAAUCAUCACAUUGUCCAAAGAUCCGAAAAUUGGUGAUAGGAUCAUCGCCAGCGUAGCUCCUUCUAUUUAUGGUCAUGAUGACAUAAAAAGAGCAAUAGCAUUGUCACUUUUUGGUGGAGAAGCCAAAGAUCCAGGUGGAAAACACAAGAUCCGUGGUGAUAUCAAUGUUUUACUCUGUGGUGAUCCUGGUACAGCUAAGUCUCAGUUCUUAAAAUAUGUUGAAAAAACAGCUCCACGUUCAGUGUUCACAACUGGUCAAGGAGCAUCAGCUGUUGGCCUCACAGCUUAUGUUCAAAGACAUCCUGUAACAAGAGAAUGGACGUUGGAAGCUGGAGCUCUUGUUUUGGCUGAUCGUGGAGUUUGUUUAAUUGAUGAAUUUGAUAAAAUGAAUGACGCGGACAGAACUAGUAUUCACGAAGCUAUGGAACAGCAGAGUAUUUCCAUCUCAAAAGCUGGAAUUGUUACUUCUUUACAGGCUCGAUGUUCCAUUAUUGCUGCUGCAAAUCCUAUCGGUGGUCGUUAUGAUCCUUCCAUGAAUUUCUCAGAAAACGUUGAUUUGAGUGAGCCAAUUUUAUCACGAUUUGACAUCUUGUGUGUUGUACGAGAUCUUGUUGACCCUAUUCAGGAUGAAUUACUGGCAAAGUUUGUUGUAAACAGUCAUGUUAAACAUCAUCCAGGAAACACAAACAAAGAAAGUGAAGAAAAUGAAGUAGAAAUGGAAUCCAGUCCAACUACAGGCGUUGAACAGUUAUCACAAGAAAUGUUAAAGAAGUAUAUUAUUUAUGCGAAAGAUAAGAUCCAUCCAAAGUUAAAUAACAUGGACCAAGAUAAGAUUGCUCAAAUGUUUGCUGAUCUUCGACGAGAGUCGAUGGCAACUGGUAGUGUUCCUAUUACAGUACGACAUAUCGAGUCGAUGAUUAGAAUGGCUGAAGCAAACGCCAAGAUGCAUCUAAGAGAAUAUAUUUCUGAAGAUGACGUGAAUAUGGCAAUAAGAGUGAUGUUGGAGAGUUUUAUUGAUACACAGAAAUUUUCUGUUAUGAGAAAUAUGCGUAAGGCAUUCAUGCAGUAUUUGUCGUUCCGUCGAGACAACAACGAACUACUUAUGUUUAUUCUCAAACAACUCGUACGGGACCAAAUCACGUUUCACAACAAUCGUUAUGGCAGCGCACCUGAGGUCGUCGAAGUACUAGAGGAGGAAUUCCUUGAUCGAGCACGGCAGAUCAAUGUUGACAAUGUUUCAAUGUUGUACGAGUGUGAUAUGUUUUCCAAAAACAGAUUUGUACACGACAAAAAACGAAAACUCAUUAUUCAGACUUUAUGAUCAACUCUGUCACUUAGUGUGGAUAGUAUAAUGUAUAUAGUCUAUAGUCACACAGCAACAUGCAGUCAUGAUAGUUACGUAACAAGUCUUCUGUACAAUCAAACAUUCUUAUCAUAAUAUAGACUAACAUGAUUCUA